AUGCUUCGUGAAUGGCUACCAUAUCAGACCGAGUACCUGAGAAGCAUUUACGCCUCCUCGGUGCUGCCAACCACGACUGCCGACGGCUCAUACCAAUGCAUGGAGUGCCACGGCAGCGGAGGGCAUUGGAAGUGCACUGGUUGUCUUGGGUCACCGGUGUACUGCACAUCGUGCUGCCUCGACAGACACAGCCGAGACCCUUUCCAUCGUAUUGAGGUGUGGGACACGAAGGGCUGCUGGACAAGUUCUUGGCUGCGAGACGUUGGCGUUUGCGUCGAGCUGGGACAUCAUGGUGGGCGGUGUCCGGUACCAUCUGGGCGGCCGCCGGCGGAUAUCCACGACAUUCUUGACGAUGACAAUGAUGAUGAGGAGGUAGAUGACACAGAGGACACCUGGGAGGAUGAGGAGCGAAAUGGCGGGGCCGGCGACGAUCCCCUUCGUGCUGCUGACAGUCCGCCAAAGCCUCCUCAUGCCAUGAUGACAAUUGUAGACACGUCCGGCGUUCACUUCCUACCUGUCAGGUGGUGCGGGUGCCCUUCUCGGCAGGGGUGGAAAGCGCAGCUACUAGCAGCGGGUCUCUUCCCUGCAAGUCAGCGUGCACCGAAGUCGUGUUUCACGUUCCGCGUACUGGACGACUACUUGAUGACCAAUGUCGAGUGCAAUACAAACGCAAUGAACUAUUAUCGACGGCUGCGUCGAUUAACGAAUCCGGCGUUUCCACAUCUAGUGCCGGACCGAUAUCUCAAGUUCAUGCGUGUCACGCGUGAAUGGGCGCUCCUCCAAGCAAAAAAGACAUUUGGAUUUGGCCCGGAAGGUCGCGGCACACCCGGUGACGGUGACCUCGGCUACUUCUGUGUUGCAUGUCCACAGCCCGGGAUAAAUAUCGAUGGGCAGUGGCAAGAAGAUCCAAAGACGUACUUAUACGCUCGGAGCUAUGUCAUGGAUGGUAACUUCUCAGCGGAGCAAAUGAAAAUGCGACGACCUGCAAAUGACGUACCAAUGAUGCCGGGCAAGAUGUUUCUGGUAAACGACGGGCCGUACCAAGAGCAUCUCAAGGUGGCAAAGGAUAUCAAAAUGCGGUCCACAUGUAAUGACCACAAGGCAGUCUCACAAGCAAACGCCAAUCGACACAAGCUGGCGGUCACCGGUAUUGGUGCAACUGCCUGCUCGCGCCACGGGUGUUUCGUACCCCAUUCGGUUGUGAAUUUCCAGAAAGGUGAACGGCAAAUGAACAUGGACUACUCAUUGUCCAAUGCGAUGAAGUACAGGGCACACGAGAAACAGCCGGUGGUUGUGCUGUAUGACAUUAUGUGUCAAUACGGCGUUCACAUUCGGAAGCGAUUCACUGACAGCCCGCAUAUCUCAAUGCCACACGACCUGACGCUGUGGAAAGGAAUAGGCCUGUUCCAUGUUCAUGGUCACCAGGACACCUGCGAGGUCCGGUAUUCGCCCACAUUCAUGGCUGGUGCUGGAAAUGUUGACGGCGAGAUUCUGGAGACGAUGUGGGUGUCCCUGAAUCGUAUUUCAGGAACUACUCGAUCAAUGUCGUCAUCCAAUCGCCAGGAGACACUAGACCGGCACAUGAAUGACUGGAACUACAAGAAGAUGAUAACUAUGGUGGCCCUACUACGGAGGCGCAUACAGGCAAAUCGACCGCUGUUGCUGAAGAUGCGAGAAGCUUUGGAUGCCCAGGAAUCAGGAAUAAGCACUGAUGUACUUGUACAAUGGCACCGGGUGCUUCGCGGGGCCCAGGAGCAGAGAUUGCAAGAUGUCCGGGCCAUGGACAUUUUCAUGAUUCCCGAGCAGACAGCUCCGUCGAAGGCCAGUCUGCAGCUAAGGCUGACCACUGCGGAAGGAAAUGAUGGCACUCCAAUUGGAACCGCAGAUUGGCUCGCGGACGGCCUAAAAAUUGAGGAAGCGCAGUACGCACCGGAAGACGAAUGGGAGGACGUAGAUGCUGAUGAUGGGUCUUCGCGUGCAACACCAAUAGGCGACCGACCGAAUCCCCUUGCUGGUCGGAGGCUACGAGGACCAUUUGCACCUGAUGCGUCCGAGCACGUGGUCCUAAAUCUGCCCUCGAAUGCAUCUCCAGAGAUGAUGACAAAUGACCGAAGCCUGAGGCGGUUGGCCCGUCGCAAGCGAACUCUACGCCGGGGCCAAGCGAAUGAUGCUCUGCACCGACUGCGGGUAUUGCUCAGCGAAAAGUCCUUUCAUUUCCGCCACCGUAUCCGUCCAUCUCGUGGAUCACAGCAGCGAAAGACACGGGCCUAUGCCGGACUUGAGAAAAUUACAAGGGAGAUUCAACGGUAUGGCGCGGUGUAUCGCAGUGCAAGGUCAGCAUUGGUGCGGCUCAAUAUGAGCAGGGAAGCAUGCAAGAUAUACAAACGUCUCAGACCCGCCGAUCUCAAGGUCAGCACCGCAAUUGCCGAACCAAAUGCACGCGGCCAACGGCAUGCCACCCUGCCGUGGAUCUGGACAGUCAAUGUUCAACAAGACAUGGAUGACAAUGAGCACAUGCUCUUCGGUGCGUCUGCCCAUCGCUUGUGCAACAUUGUGUGCUCAAUCCCUCCAAUAGUCCACCGGGUUCAUUGGUUCCGAGCUCGGUCACGGCUUGACCGGGCAAUGGAAGAGUCGGCGAUUCUCAAGCGCGAGUUGCAAUCAACAAAAUUGUACUUCGAUUACGAGCAGGAUCGUUGGCUUGCCAUGGCUACCACUGGUCCAGGCGAAGCAUGGCCUGGAUACGCUGAGCACUGUCGUCAAACUGCCAACACUUAUGCAUCACUUGCUGCAGACGCACAGUCGUCCUAUACAGAGCUCUAUGUUGAGCAGAACCCCCUGGAGUGA